CCAGCCAGGCGUUGUGCGGAACGGACAGAUUGGUGCGCCCCCUGUGCGCUCAUUACAAAGGCUGCGACCUGGGAGAAGCACGCGCGGUACGAUUUAAACUCUGAGAGGCUACGAGAUGAUGUGUAGGCGUGUGCAAAGAUUAGCCGGAGGCUAAAAUGGUCAUGUGACAUGCUAAAAAAAAGGCGGGAAUACUUUUCGGAACCUAAAUAAUGAGCAAAACAGUAUGCCCUUCGAAGGCGCCGAAUUCAAACCUGCUUGUCUUCACUGUGCUAUCGAGUGGUCAGUUUCCGUGCCUAUCUUCAUUAGCAACUGUAUGCAUACAACAUGCAACCGAUGUGUUUCAGUUCCCAAGGACGAAUAUCAGGAGGUUAGUUGCCGUCGUUGCGGUAACAGGUCGCGCCUGGUCAUGAUCAACGAUAGAGCGCCCCCAGCAGUAAAGGAACUUUUCAUCUCGGUCAGGCCUGUGUUCAGAUCGAUGUCGAAGGCUCUCGCCCUUCAGAAGUCUUUGCGGCGCUCCUUAAUAUAUUCCCAUGAACGAAUUCUGCACAGAGCGCACGAAAAGCUUGCCAAAGCUGAUGAAGCAUGCUCCUAUUGGAAAAGUAAAAUUAAAGAACUUCAGUGGCCUGCUGCAGGACCUUCUUCUAGUAAUAAGGAUAACAUACAUGAAGUAUUACGUAAAAGACGAGGUGCUCUAGAAGCCACAGACAAGCGCGCUCGACUGCAGGAAAGAGAUCGUAAUUCUGACUAUACGUCUAGAACUACGAUGACUUCAACUACAUCUCCUGGCAUUCUGAAGUAUCCGCCAAACACUCCAUUAACCGGAUCCGGCAGCAGCGGCAGGAAGCGCGUUACCUGGCUUAAUGAAAAUUCAAAGCAAUCUCGACGAUAAAUUGCCAUUUUUCUUUUAAUUAGUUUUUGCAGUCUGCAUUGUGGUAAGAGUAUCUGAAAGUCUUACGGUUGCAUAUCACCAAAUGAACGUUUCUAGAUCACUAGAGCUGCUCUCUAAACACAACGCUAAUUAUGUUUGCCUAUGAUCAUCACAAUACGAAUAAUUCCUAUAGAAAUUGAUCUUCUUCUAAAACAGCGUCCAUUCCACCUAAUUCGUAAUGGCACAUUCCAUAUUUUCUACGGAUUAGCAAUGAAGUUUUUAAGUUUGACAUUAUAGAAAGACGUCUCACCGCUUAUUAUAUAUAUAUAUAUAUAUAUAUAUAUAUAGAUAAUAAGUUCUAAAAUACGGGCUUUUUAAUAGUGAUUUGCCAACUAAUUGUAUCAUGUGAAGCAUGGGCUAAAAAUUUUUUAAAUGUAAUUGCAAAAUGGUUGUCAACGUUGAUACCCGAUACAUAGCGGUAGCUGUAUAUCCGCAAUCAGCGCGAAGAUCCUUGUAGUCAUACGGAGAGCUCUGAGGUACAUACAUAUCACCUUGAUAUUGUUCUAUAAUUUUAGGUUGUUUUUUGUUUACUGUGAUAAUUAACGAUGAAUAUAAAUGACAAGUGAAAUAACACUAUAGACUUUUUUCUUAUAUUGAAAA